UAAAUAUAAUUAAAUAUUGUAUUAUAUUAUAUGACACUUUUCUCUUAGGAUAGUAAAGCGAACGUAUAAAACAGGUUGAAGGUCAAGCUUUAAGUUUAUUUGGUAAACGCGUGGAAUCAACGAUGACCUCGUUAUCGGUAUCAACCUUGCAUUUCUCCUUCCCUUAAUACGAUCGCUUUAACGAGCAUCAUUCUUUCAAUUUAUAAUCUGCUUUAACUGUGAUAUAUACUGUGAUUAUUCAUUCCAUUGGAUUUCGUUGAAGCGAACGCUUUGUGUUCUAUUCGCAUUGUCGAUUACUUUCACUGAAGGUGUUCUUGCUCGUGAAACUUCAACGAAUCAUGAAAAUCGCUGUGAUCGGUGCCGGAGCCGCGGGACUCGCCGCACUUCGUCAAUGCACUUCCGGUACUUACAACGACCAAGUGGUGUGCUACGAGAAAACAGACCAAAUCGGCGGAACUUGGGUCUAUCGAGAGGAAACUGGUUCUGAUAGAUACGGUUUAACGAUUCAUACUAGCAUGUAUAAAAGCCUCAGGGCUAAUCUGCCGAAGGAAGUAAUGGGCUAUCCGGAUUUUUCUAUACCGGAAAAACCUGAAAGUUACUUAUCACGAACAGAGAUAUUGAAUUUCUUAAACGCAUAUUGUGAUCAUUUUGCGCUACGUCCUUACAUUCGGCUGCUGCAUCAUGUGGAACUGGUGGAACCGGUGACCGGAGGGGAUCGAAAAUGGUCGGUCAAGGUCAGGGAUUUGCAGAGGGACGCGAUCGUGACCGAGACGUUUGACGCAAUCAUGGUGUGCAACGGUCAUUAUUUCGAGCCCAGAAUCCCGAAGAUAUCCGGUCACGAUGUUUUCGCGGGCAAGCAAAUGCACAGUCACGAUUACCGGGUACCCGAGAUCUUCGACGGCAAGACUGUCGUCGUUUUGGGAGCUGGUCCUUCAGGUAUGGAUUUGGCGUUGGAGAUAUCCAAGAACGCGAAUCGCGUAAUUCUGAGUCAUCAUUUGACCGAUCCCAUACUCACCGUAUUCCCGGAAAAUGUCGUGCAGAAAGCUGACGUGGUGCAACUGACGGAGCACGAGGCGGUUUUUGCGGACGAUACGAAGGAGAAGAUCGACGUCGUCUUCUAUUGUACAGGAUAUAAAUACAGUUUUCCUUUCCUCGCCGAAUCUUGCGGAGUUCGGGUAGAUUCUAAUAUGGUAACGCCCCUUUGGAAGCAUCUGGUGUCCAUAGAGAACCCGACUCUGGCACUGGUGGGUCUUCCGUUCUACGUUUGCGCCUUCAGCAUGUUCGAUUUACAGGUGCGAUUCGUCCUACGACACUGGCACGACGAGAGGCGGUUUCCCGCGAGAGCGGAUAUGCUGCGCUCCGAGGCUGAGGAAGCGGUGAGACGCGCCGAGAGGGGCCUGCAGAAGAGGCACUUUCACAUGAUGGGCCCCGAGCAAGGUCACUAUUACGAUGACCUGGCGAACAUCGCCGGCAUCGAGCCGCUACCACCCGUGCUGACGAAACUCCACAACGAGAGCAGCAUGAACUUCCUCGACGACCUCGUGCACUAUCGACAGGACCGCUACAAGAUCAUCGACAACUACAAUUUUGUUAAGCUUUAACAUUGGCAUUAGAGUGACAGAGAAGCAUUUAUAGAAACAUUUUUAUAUAAUAAUUAGAUUUUUUCUAUGAAAUUAUAUU